GACAGCAGAAAACUUUGACGGGCAACCGGCGUCAUCUUCAGGGUCCGAUUGCAACUUAUUUAUUUAAUUGCGAUUGCUGCGAGGAUAACAAUCAAUUUUUUCUUCAUUCUUGACAAUUGAAACAGAAUCAAUCUUUAGUCAGUCAAUCAGUUGAGUUAACUUUUUAUCCGUGUGAUUUAAUAAAUUCUAACAGGAAUAAGAUUCUCAUUUCAUCGGCUAUACCGUUUCAUUGAUAAAUGACAAAUUGUAAUUUGAAAUCAUGAAAGAAAUGUUGACAAACCAGACCAGCUCGGGAUACAGUAACUCUUUCGUUAAUAACAACGGUGACACUAACAGCAACAAUGCUGCUGAAAGCAAUACGAGGAGAUAUGCCGUGCUUAGCACGGAUUGGAUUUCUGCGAUUGGAGAAGAACUGGGAAUGCAUCCCAUGCCAGAUUCUUUAUUGAAAAGACUUGCCGAGGAUGCUUCGUAUCGUCUCAGAGAAGUUCUCCAUAAAUGUGUGACGAGAUUGAAACAUAGCAAGAGGAAACGGUUGACGUCUAUUGACGUGAAUGCUGUGAUCACAAAUUUGUGCGAUGUAGACCCGAUAUUCGGCGCGCCAGAAUCUUUGCCUGAAUUCCAUACGGAAGCGAAAGUCUUUGUUCCCAAUGAACGGAUCGUAAAUCUGGUGCAAAAGAUAAAUGAUCCAUUCAUUGUAACACAGAACAAUGUACCCUUUAUUCAAGAAUCAGAAAUAUGUGACAUGAGACUUACUGAAGCACGCAAUAACUACGCGAAACGUGCAUUGAAAACAUUGUUCAAUGGAUCCCAGAAAACGUUUCAGGUUUUAAUUAAUGACUGUGCUACCAAUGCUUAUUUGGGAGGAGAAGGAGUGAUAGACAAAUUAAUAUGUAUUGCCAGAUCCAUGGUAAUUUCGAACAAUGCACAGUACACAAGAGUUUGCACGAGGACUUGCCAGCUCAUUAUUGCGAUUGCAAGUAACAGCGAGGCUGUUUAUCCACAUUAUUUAACUUCGGUGAACAAACUGACUGAACUGCUGUUGGAAUUGCUACUGGGACAAGGUUUUAUAAAUCCAAACCUUGAAGCACUCUUUAAAGAAUGCGUACUAAAAUUAAUGCUUCGAUGGCCGUCCGUUGCCGACAAGUAUAUUACUGCGCUGGAGCAAGUGCUUUUAAGAGAAGAGGAAAAGAAUGUAGAUAUUAAUAAGAGAAGGAUAUUAGCCAUGGAACUUCUAGUCAGUGUCGAGCCUUUAAUACUUUUUCAACAGGAACCGGAAUCUCCACUUUCGGUGCAUACCGUUUUAAAAUUUGCACCGCCCGGUUCUGUUCUAUGGCAGAAAAUAGCUCUGGCUGUUUGCGCUUUCAUGAAAUCAGAGAACCAGACUUUGAACAUCGAAGCCUUUAUGGAACACUAUGGAGAUUCUCUGUUACCGUAUUUACCGACUAAUUAUAAAAGCACUGUGAACGAAUACAAGAAACCGAUUCCGCUUCCCAUCACAAUAAAAAGUAAGAUAAAAUACGUAAAUGUUAGACCCACGGUCAGUAAUCGUUUGUUGUGGGAUCGACAAACCGUGUUUCCUGAUUCCACAUUGCGAGGUCCUCGGCGAGAGAUAAGAUUCGCGUUCGCUGGCGGACGACCCGUGCCUCCGAACAAUUUAAGGCGCGUCAGCUUGAGAGCAAAUUAUCAAAUUUUAAGGAGCGAACUGCAAGCCACGCUCGCCCUUGUCGCGUCUCGACGGUUGCUAGUACUUAAAGACAAAAGAAAAAGGCCUUGCGACACUUACAAUCUAGUAUACUGUUAUUUAUGAAUUUGCAUCGCAGGAUGAAGGACACGGUUAUACAUUCAAGGCGCUUAUAAUUUAAACAAUUUUUGAUGUUCACAUAGUUUUCUAAUACAAACAAGAUGUUUAUUUUUACAAGAUUUUGUCUUAUUUUAAAAAUACAGGUGAACAGAUUGAUUUUAACAUUUCCUCGUUACAGCAAGAAAACAUUCGCAAAACGCGUAUAAUAAUCUGUACAUAAACUUUUCUAUUUUUAUGAUACUACGUGCACUAGUACUCUUUCAUAACAAUGUGCUCCGUGUAUAUUGCUAAAAAAUGUAACGAGAUAGUCAUUAAACCAACAAUAAAAGUAA